AUGCCACCCCGACUUGAUAAAGGUAAGGGUGUAGCUGAUGAUAGUGGUAAGAAGAAGCACCAACGCCCACGAUUAGUAACCGGAGGAUCUAGUUUUCCACCUCCCACACAGACUGGUCCCUCAUCUUUCCAACAGACUAGAGGAUCUAGUUUUCCACCUCCCACACAGACUGGUCCCACCCCACAUCCCCCACAUGUGCCCCCACAGGAUGAUGAUCAGGCGGAGGAUGAGACUGCGGAGGAUGAGACUGCGGAUGAUCAGUUGGAUGGGAGUGAUCUUCGAGGGGAUGAUGAUCCGAGUCAGAUUCAUAUCAUUGACGGGAGAUUUUUUAUUAGGCCCGAAGGAAGCUCAUUCACGCCGAGUCGGACUGCUGCCAAAGUUAUAAGUUAUAUAAUUCAGCAGAAUUAUAAAAAGCUUAUAAAGACUUUUAAAGAUGUUAAGGGCGAUGAUAGAGAUCAUUGGUUUGCGAAAUUUCAGGAAAAAUGUGUGUGGGAACCAAUGAAAGAGAGACAGAUUAAAAAAAAUUAUUAUGGCAGAACUGCAAGACGACUUUCUGACAUGCUACGACGUGUUAGAAAGCGUUGGGAACUUCAUGGCAUCCGUCCUAGUUGGAUAGGAGAAGAAAUCUUUCGGGAACUUCUUAAAUAUUGGGAGAGUGAUGAGUUUGCGGCCAAAUCUGAAAAUGCAAAGAAGAUGAGAGCAUCUGAAAAGGGUGGUUGCCUUAAUGCUGUUGGAAGUAUAAGCACUGCUGAGCAUGUUCGUCGCAUGACUAAGGAAUUAAAUAGACCUCCACUUAUGACCGAGCUGGUUGCGAGGACUCGGAAAAAGAAAACAGGAGCUUUUGUUGACAGUCGUACACAAAAAGCUAUGUAUGAUUAUCAGGCAUUGCUUGUACAAUUUCUGACUGCUAAUCCUAAGUAUACUCCAAGACCGGGAGAGCCGCUUCAUCCAGAUUGGAGGAUAAUGGUGGAUGACAGUGUCAAAAAUGGCGGCGAGGCGAGCGGUGAUGGCAUCGGAGGGUGUCACAUCGUGCCAUCGUCGUGGUGA